GAAAACUAACCAGCUCCAACAAUGGCCGGCUCUCAUAGAGAGGGGAGCAAGGACCGAUCUGGUAGGAAGCUGCUGCUUGUCCUGCUGUGCGGCUACUAUUCCGGCGUUGCUUUUGCAGCCGAUGAUGCACGUACCUAUAAGGUUCUCGCCGUCGGCUCACUGAAGGCUGAAGUCGUCUGCUCAGUAACUCCAGCGUCGUCCAGUGGAACUACGGUGCCGCUAAACCACCGGUAUGGCCCGUGCUCGCCGGCGCCAUCCGCAAAGGUGCCAACCAUCUUGGAGCUGCUCCAGCACGACCAACUCCGAGCCAAGUAUAUCCAACGGAAAUUGUCUGGAACCGACGGGCUGCAGCCGUUGGACCUUACCGUGCCGACCACCCUGGGGUCUGCCCUUGACACGAUGGAGUAUGUGAUCACCGUCGGCAUCGGCUCCCCUGCAGUGACCCAGACCAUGAUGAUCGACACCGGUAGCGACGUGUCGUGGGUGCGCUGCAACUCCACGGACGGGCUGACGCUCUUCGACCCCAGCAAGUCGACCACGUACGCCCCCUUCUCCUGCAGCUCCGCGGCGUGCGCACAGCUCGGAAACAAUGGCGACGGCUGCUCAAACUCAGGGUGCCAGUACAGGGUCCAGUACGGCGACGGCUCCAACACCACCGGCACCUACGGCUCCGACACGCUGGCGCUAAGCGCCUCCGACACGGUCACGGACUUCCACUUCGGUUGCAGCCAUCACGAGGAGGACUUCGACGGCGAGAAAUUCGACGGGCUCAUGGGGCUCGGCGGCGACGCGCAGUCGCUCGUGUCGCAGACGGCGGCGACGUACGGCAAUUCCUUCUCGUACUGCCUGCCGCCGACCAAUCGCACAUCGGGGUUUCUCACGUUCGGCGCGCCGAACGGGACGUCCGGCGGCUUCGUGACGACGCCGAUGCUCAGAUGGCCAAAGGCGCCGACGCUGUAUGGCGUGCUUCUCCAGGACAUAUCCGUGGGCGGAACUCCGCUCGGAAUACAGCCCUCCGUCCUCUCCAACGGCUCGGUGAUGGACUCCGGCACUGUCAUCACGUGGCUACCAAGGAGGGCCUACUCGGCGCUCUCGUCGGCGUUCAGGUCCAGCAUGACGCGGCUACGGCACCAGCGGGCGGCGCCCCUUGGCAUCCUGGACACCUGCUACGACUUCACUGGCCUGGUCAACGUCUCUAUACCGGCCGUCUCGCUGGUGUUGGACGGCGGGGCGGUCGUCGACCUCGACGGUAAUGGGAUAAUGAUCCAAGACUGCCUCGCGUUCGCUGCCACCAGCGGCGAUAGCAUCAUCGGCAACGUCCAGCAACGGACGUUCGAGGUGCUGCACGACGUUGGUCAGGGCGUCUUCGGCUUCCGGUCAGGCGCGUGCUGAUCGUUUUCGGCCACAGCCACGCCUACUUGUUUGUGCUUGCCAUGUAUGGGACACUAAGAUGAAGGGCUCGUUCAGAUUUCGGAUACAGAAUAACUGGCUUGAUGCUUUCGGGUUGGCAAAGAUCUUACAGAUUGCAAUGAACAAAAAUAUGUCCAAUCCUACGAAAUUGAGUC